AUGGAAUCGUGUUCUCGAGUCUCCGACUGCAGCAAACCGCCGAGAAUCAAUAUUCAGCUUCGCGAGGACGAUGUGCACGACGAAGAGGUGGGUGUCGGGGAGCCUAUUGUGCUCGAUUCGGUAAGCCCUCAGGGUCUGCGGGCGGUCUCGGCGCACGUUCUCCGUGCCGCGGCCGCGUCGAAUUGGCGAGUUGUUGCUCUCCGUCUCCCUUCACGUCCCGUCGUCGGACGAUUUCGCCGCCGCCUCCAGACGCCGCGGGCACGUUCUCCGACCCCGGAGAACGUCGCGCCUUCGAUUCUGCCAACCUCCCGGCGGCGGUGUACCCGCGCACGUGGAGUUCUGGGCCUGCGCGGACGCAACUUGUUCAAGACAGCUUCCCCGCCAUCGUCUACGUCCUUUCCUCUGCCGCGCGUCGUCUUUCAUCACCCAGCAUGGUCUGUUCUCGCACAAGUCGGCCUAGGCGAUGAGUAUACAGAAAUUCGUCUGCCGAGCGGGCUAAUCCGGCCUUCUCUCCUCUCUACACGCCACGUACGGUUCGAAGACCCACGACGCGCGCAAAGCGCUGAAGCAAUGGAUUUCGUCCGCCGAGCGAGUAAAUACGACUCGCUCGCUGCGCGCCAGGUUUUGUCGCUGCACCUCGCGCCUCAUCGUCGCAUUCCACGCCACCAGGACGCCUGGAACGCCGUCUAACUCACAAAUGCAUGUCAAGACGGCUCGAGCGCUCGAAGCGCUGAAGCAAUAGAUUUUCUUCCGCCGAGCGGGUAUAUAGGACUCGCUCGCUGUGGGCGAGGCUUCCCCGCCACCCGCC